AUGCUACACGAAAUUUAUAGAAAACGAAUUAACGUAAGCAAGCAUGAAGAUUGUCUUGUAUCUUGGCAUAAUUCAGUUUUUACUAUUCGUGGAAACAAGUACGUACAUUUAAUGGACUUUUGUUACAAUUUACAAUCUUUAGAGAAAACAAUCGACUUUAGAGAAUUUACCAUUACUGCGAGCUAUGAAAGUCCGUUGCCAAAAAAUUAUCUUGUAAAUUAUGCAGCACAUGGAUUAAAAAAUUUGGAACUUAUGGAAAUGAUUACAAAUCCUGCUUUUUGGCCGCAUAACAAUCAAUUAACCCAAGAAAUGACAAACAUUGUAGCAUACAAAUGGUCUCCAGAUAAUCUUAUAAAUAAUAAUGAAAGUUUAUUGGCAACUGUCAACAGUGUUGGAAAUGUGGAGUUAUUUGGACCUAAACGACAAGUUUGGGCAAGUGUAAUGAAUUUCUCAAAAGAAAUGAAAGCGUAUUUGGAAAUGGAAUUCAAUAACCUUUACAAUUGUCCUAGAGAGUUCACAGAGUUACAAAAGGUUGUAUACAGUAUACUGACAUCAACAAUUUGCUGGGCACCAAUAUUAAAUCCUGAUAACUCGUGUUACUUAGCAACUGCACAAAAAUCUGGCGAAAUUUUAAUUUGGUGCAUAAAACAAGAUGAUAAUAAUUUUCAAACAAAAUUUUGUGGUAAAGUAAAAAAUAUGAAUGAUUCAGAAAUUGUAACAAUUCUUUGGAUUCCUUUAAAUUGCAAAAGUUUUCUUUUACUCUUUUCUAAUGAAUAUGGAGAAGUUAUGAUUAAUGAAUGUGAAAUAGUAGAAGAAAAAGUUACAUUAUUAAGAGAACAUGUGGUGUGGCCACAUAAAGAUAAAAUGAUAGUCACAUAUCUAGAAUAUACUAAAGAAAAUGGAAAUUUAAUUUUGUUCUUUAAUAAAAAUAGACAUUUAAUAAUGCAGCUAUUUGACAAAUCAUUGAAAUUAUUAUCUCAAUAUGUAGAUAACAUAAAUGAUUAUAAAAUAACUUCCAUUACUAAAAAACAAAAUAUAUUUUAUGUGUGCACAGUUAAUAUGAAGAUUUAUAAAAUAUUUUUUUCAAUUAAUAAUGAUGCAUUAGAAGUAAUGAUAAAACCAUUAGAUAUUAAAGAUGCUUUUUCAACUUAUGAAGUUUAUGGACUUAGUUUUUCUAACAACAAUGCAUUACUGGCACUUACAUUAAUAGACAGAAAACUUUUAUAUAGAGAAAAAACACUUAAAGUUGAUAUAGUCUUCUUAUGUUAUGAAUCUGAUCUAGAAAAUCUAGCAACAAAUAUUAUAAACAAUCCUUCAAAAAAGCUUACUCAGAUAUGGGACAAUAUUGAAUUGUUCAGGUGCAAGGUUAUAAAAGCAAAAAAUCUACCAAAAUUGGAUUAUAAUAAACUAAUAGAAGAUGGCAACCGAGACACAUAUAAAUUAAAAUGCUAUUUAAUUUGUCUUAUUUUUUAUCAUAAUUUAGAAAAAAUAAUGACUUCAAACAAAAAAGAAAUAUUGCCAGAAACAUCUCUUGACAUUAUAAAGGACAAAAUACUUGUAUCUCAAGCUGUAAAAGUUCUCAAAAAUAUUAAUGAAAAACAUGAAAAAGAUAAUCAAUUAAUCGAUUUCGAUAAAGAGUGCUUUGAUUGUAGUAGAAAAUAUUUAUACUUUUAUUGUAAGACUUAUUCAAAAAAUCCAACAGAUUAUGUUCAAGAAAGUAUUCUUAGUUUACCGAGUACAGAUAUUAAAUAUAUAUGCCAAGGUUGUGAUGAAGAACUUACAGACUUUACUUGUCAGUCAGGACAUUUAAAUAUGUUUUGUUCUCUUACUUUUACUCUUAUUGAUAGUGAUAAUUAUAUUGUUUGUAAUAGUUGUGGUGCAACGGCUAGAGCUGAAUUAAUUGACCAAAAGCCAACUUGUGUGUUUUGUGACUUAUAUUUAACAAAUAGUUGUUUACCAAUU